CACGAGUCAUAAAACAUUAGUUAAUGAAUAUGAUAUGACGCAUGCAAGACGAGGUAGAGUGAUAAUUAUUAACAACAAAAACUUUGAGAAAGAAACUGGUAUGAACUUGAGAAGUGGAACUGAUGUUGACGCUUUCAACAUAGUGAAUAGUUUUCAAAGACUUGGUUUUGAGACAACACAUUAUAACGAUCUGAGUGUUAGAAAGAUGCUUGCUGUUAUGAAAAUAGUGUCGCGUGACGACUUCAGUGAUUGUGACUGCGUAGCAUUUAUAAUACUCAGCCACGGUGACGAUGGAAUUGUGUACGGAACAGACGGCACACUUGAGGUUGAUACAAUAACAGAGUUCUUUCAGGCGGAUAAAUGUCCAACUCUCGCUGGAAAACCUAAACUUUUUUUCAUCCAGGCAUGUCGUGGUGAUAAAUUUGACGAUGGGGCUGUACUCAAGAACAAUGGGGCUGAUGAAAUGGAUGGAGGCCGACAACAGCGCAUUCCUGUUUCUGCAGAUUUUCUUUUGGCUUACUCCACUGUACCAGGGUUCUAUUCGUGGAGGAAUCCAACUAAUGGUUCAUGGUUCAUACAGGCACUUUGUCGGGCGUUAAACGAGUACGGUGACACUCUGGAUAUAUUACGAAUGAUGACCAGAGUGAACCGGAUGGUUGCCUAUGAAUUUGAAUCCAAUACUACCCAAGAUUUUAUGAAUCAAAAGAAACAAAUACCUUGUAUUGUCUCUAUGCUGACUAAGGAUUUGUAUUUCCCCAAAAAAUCUCAGUAACCAUCUUAAAGAAGUCUAUCUUUUGAGUAUGUGACAGUGAUCUGCUCGUGGUAUCCAUUCAGUUGUUCAGCCCAUGAAGGCGCC